AUGACAUCUAACUUGGCAGAGACAAUAAACUCUGUACUAAAGGCAACAAGAAACCUUCCCAUCACUGCAUUAGUCCAGUCUACGUACUAUAGAAUGGGUUCGCUCUUUGGUAAAAGAGGUCACAAAUGGACCAAGAUGUUAUCUUCAGGGAAAGUGUUUACAGAUGGUUGUAACAAAGGCAUGGCUGAAGAGGUAGCUAAGGCUAACACACACAACGUCAUGCAAUUUGAUCGCGAAAGAUUCUGUUUCAUGGUGCAGGAAAGGACUAACUAUAACGACGGUCGUCCAACGGGUACUUUCCGUGUUGACUUGCGUAGUCGAUUCUGUGACUGUGGAAAGUUUCAGGCAUUUCACUUGCCUUGCUCUCACGUGAUAGCGGCAUGUUCUAGCAUACGACAGGACUACACAAUUCACAUUCCAGAGGUCUUCAAAGUUCUAAGCGUGUUCAAGGUCUACCAGGAGAGCUUCCUGGGACUACCGCACGAGGAUAACUGGCCAAAGUAUGAAGGUUUUACUCUAUGCCACGACGAUUCCAUGAGAAGAAAUAAAAAAGGGCGUCCACAUAGUACUAGAAUUAGAACUGAGAUGGACGACGCAGAAAAAGAGCAAAGAAGAUGUGGUAUUUGUAGAGAAAUAGGUCAUAUGCGUAGAAAAUGUCCCAACGUUGCUGGUCCGUCAAACCGACCAACUAGAUAA